CAUCCUAUAACAUCAGCAAAGAGGAGAAAGAAAGUUUCUUAAAAGUUUUGAAGGACUUAAAACUUCCUGAUGAUUUUUCUUCAAACUUCUUAGGACAAGUUCAGAUUCGAGAAAACAAGAUCAUUGGCUUGAAGAGUCAUGACUAUCAUGUUUUGAUGCAACAACUCCUUCCAUUAGCCAUGAGAACAUCACUUAGAAAGGAUGUAGGUCUUGUUUUGAAUGACUAGUGUAGCUUCUUUAGAAAAUUAUGCUCUAAGGUCAUUGAUGUAGAUCUGAUAGAAAAGCUUGAGCAAAGUAUUCCUAUUAUUCUAUGCAAGCUUGAAAGGAUUUUCCCUCCAGCGUUCUUCGAUGUCAUGGUACAUUUGACUGUCCAUUUAGCGAAAGAGGCUAAACUCACAUGACCGGUUCAAUAUCGUUGGAUGUACCCUAUUGAAAGGUAUUUGCUUACACUAAAGAACUAUGUACGAAAUAGAAGCCGUCCAGAAGGUUCAAUUGCUGAUGGGUACUUUGAUGGAGGCCACAAUAUUCUGUGCAAGUUACCUUGAUGAUGUGGAGUCAAAACUUAAUCGACCAGUGGGACUUCAAGAAGGUCCCCUGGGUACAUGAAAGAGUCAAAAGCUAUCGGCCUCAGAAGUGUACCAAUCAUAUCGCUUUAUACUUGACAAUAUGGAAUUAGUACACCCAUAUCGAGAUAGGUACAAGAUGCCAUCUAAAGUUGCUAACCUGAUAAAAAAGAAGAGUACAGAUAUCCUUGGGAAGAAGAGAUUAUAUGAUGAGCCCUCUACUGAACCCUAUACUGAGAAAUUUAUGGACACAUAUAAAAAAAAACAACCUAAUGAUUGUCAUAAAUCAAGUACUACAGAUUUUUUCAGCUUUGACAGAUCACACAUAGUUAACCAGGUUGGCAAUACAACUGCAAAAUCCAUGACAGUUUCUCAAGUAAGUCGUCCAAAACGAAAUGCGCCUUCUGUAUAUUGUGGUAAUAUUAGUCCUCAAGCCCAUGUGGUUCAUGAUCACGUGCCAACUGUUGACGAUGCAACUCCAAUUAUUGAUGGUAAUGAUGGUGAAACUUGCUUUAUUGAUAACGCGGCCAAUUUGCUGCUUUCUGCAGUAAGCCAUGACAAUAACAAAAAAGGUAAUAGGAAACCUACUAAGUUGGAAACUUUUCGUACUCCGCCGGGGCAGAAGCAUAUGGUUACUUGGAGAGAUGGGCAACCUAUUAGUCGCACUGCGUUUCAGUUUUCCCAGGAGCUUGGUUAUUAUGCCCGGAUAGAUUGCUAUUUGUUUAAGGAUUAUUUUAUUUGGGAGAGCGAAGAUGAAGACCCUAAAAACCCUGGAAUCAAGUUGUCGGUGAAUAUGUUUAUAGUUGUUCGUUGGUACACUCUUACGGUGCAGGCGGCAUUAAGAUCUUGGAAAACAACACUAAAGAAAAAGUAUUACGAUCAGUGGAAAAAUGCUUCUCCCCAGCAGCGUUAUCUUAUUGUCUUUGAUAGAAUCACUCGCAAUGUGUGGGAAGACUUCGUCAAAUAUAUAGACAAUCUCGAUAAGAAGAAGGAGACAUCUACAAAUAUGAUAAAUGUUGGAAAAAAAACUUCGGCAUUGUUUGGGAUAAAAAUCUAUGGCUCGAACUAAGCACAAAUUGGAGUUGGAUCCCAAAAGUUGUGAUCUGUUCGAUGAAUUUGUCAAAUCUCAUAAAAGAAAGAGGGGUCUUGGAGACUAUCCACAUGAGGAUACCAAAGAUGUUUGUGAGAAGAUUAUUAAAAGGGUUGAGGAGCUCAAAAUUCAACUUCAAAAUGCUUAUCUAGCAACAAAAGCUCGUCGAUUGAAGCUUUAAGUUGUUCUCGAUGAGGUAGCAGGAAAACACCACGGGGGUUAUGAGAGAGGAUAUAGUGCUGGAUACGAAGGAAGGGCAAUAGUCCACCAUUUUUCUAUAUCCUAUAACAUCAAGGGUAAUGUAAACAAUUCUGAACUUAAAGAACAAUUACAUUCUGCGAACCAAAAAAUCGAAGAGUUACAAAAGAGCUGAGGAAGCAGAAAGAGAAAAUAAUGAGGAUAAGAAAUGACAAUAUUUGAUU